GCCACCGCCGUUGUUUGAAAAGUGCUCUGUGGCUUGAUCGUGAUAAAUGAUUAGUUGAUUCCAGUUGGAUGAUUCAACAAGCAAGAGUAUGGAUUCAGGCAGAGCAGGUGCUCUGGUGGAGUGGGUAAACUCCAUAGAUGGCGCUCCAUGCAUAGAAUCACUCAGUCAGCUGAAUGAUGGAACUUUGUUUAUCAAAUUGUUGGAAAUAAUAGUUCCUGACACCAUACCAUCAGGGCUUGAGUUGAAUUCUGUUGAAGAGAGACUUGAGUUUCUGAACAAAAUCAUCUCAGAUGUCAACAAUACCAAAGUAGAGGAGAAGGUGAACUUCAGGGCAAUUAUUGACCAGGCAGAUGAGUUUGAAAUUGGCAAACUUUGUUCAUUAAAGGUGGCACAGAUGGGAUCAUAG